UGUGUCUGUGCGCGCCCUGGCCAAUGGAACCAGAUCCUCCCUGCAGUGCGUAAGAGCGCGUUUUAGGAUUUAACCAAGUCUUUGCUGCGGGGCUUGCUGCAGUCUUCACCAGAGCCCGACGGCCUGAGAGCCUCUCAACACAAUGAUAGCAUAGUCUUCACGCCGCUUUGGAGUCACGUUGUCUUGAUUUAUUUAUUGCCAUUAUUAUUUUAUUUUGUUCUCAAAUUAAAGAAACCCAAGCUUUGCUUCUCGAAGCAUGACUGGGGUUUUCGAUCGGAGGAUCCCGAGUGUGAAAACUGCAGAUUUCCAGAGCUCCUUUCAACUCUCCACCAUGCACCAUCCGUCUCAGGAAUCUCCUACUUUACCCGAGUCCUCGGCCACGGAUUCUGGCUACUACAGUCCCGCCGGAGGAGUCACUCACGGCUACUGCUCGCCCAACUCCACGUCGUACGGGAAGCCUCUGAACGCGUAUCAGUACCAAUACCCGGGAGUAAACGGAUCUGCUGGAAAUUACUCGACAAAAUCCUACGGUGAUUACAGCUCGUACACGACGCCAGCGUACCACCAGUAUUCCGGGACGUACAGCAGAGUACAAGCCCAGCCGAGUCCACAAGAAAAAGAGAUAAGCGAACCUGAGGUGAGGAUGGUGAAUGGGAAACCCAAGAAAGUGAGAAAACCCAGGACAAUUUAUUCCAGCUUCCAACUGGCUGCUCUGCAGAGGCGGUUUCAGAACACGCAGUACCUGGCGCUGCCGGAGAGAGCCGAGCUGGCGGCAUCACUGGGGCUCACGCAAACACAGGUCAAAAUUUGGUUUCAGAACAGACGAUCAAAAAUGAAGAAGAUCAUGAAAAACGGCGAGCUUCCCCCGGAUCACAGCCCCAGCUCCAGCGACCCCAUGGCCUGCAACUCCCCACAGUCUCCGGCCGUCUGGGACACGCAGGGCGCUUCCAGGUCUCACGGCCUGCAGCCGCAAAACAUCAACGCGACGGCUUCUAACUUUUUGGAAAGCACGGGGUCGUGGUACACCUCAGCUGCCAGCUCCAUGACCUCCCACCUGCAGACCCCUAACUCUAUACAGCACUCGUUAGCUCUCGGAGCUGGGACGUUAUAUUGAAAAAGAAAAAAAAAAAAUUAACAAAAAAAGAAAAAAAACCUCCUUGUUGUUCAUUUCAUUUUCUUCUCCUUCUAUGGGACUCGUGUUCACAUUUCAGAGGAAUAUGCAAUGUAUUUGAUGACAGUCAUAGGAAAUGUGUAAAAUGUGUAAAUGUGUGCAUGUAAUUUAUUGCAUUUUGGAAGACUAUUAAACGUGUAAAUGGACAAUG